AUGUUGACUUAUGUUAGCAAAAGAACCACAACUCGCUUAUCACACAGCAAACACGCCCCGUCAAUUCGCUUGACGAACUCGCGUAAAUGUCAUAAGAGUGUCGCAAAUUGCCAGAAAGUCCCAGAGCGUGUUCGUCUUUCCUGGACCGGACUGUUUCUGCAUAGUCACUCUUUUUCGUACUUCUUCGGUGUUGCUCAAGAGCAGCUGUAUCGGUUGAGUGUUGUUUCUUUUAGUAUUAGAGCAGCGCAAGGUAAUUUUGGCGUCAGAAGAUCAAAUACUGAUACAAAACAGAAAAGACAUUACAGUGACCACACUAGGAUUCAUGAACAUGGGAAACUACCUGUUAACAAAAUUAACCUAACUCGUAAAAUGAACCAAAACAAGGCUUCAUCACUAUUGGAUGAAGAAAAAAGGCUUUACAUAAUAGUUAUUUAUUUGGAAACAGCUCUCUACAGUUGUGCACUUGUGUAUGGGAUCCUACAUUUGCCACUUUGUUGGAAUCCUGCUGAUAGACGAAAGCACAAUCAGGUCGGUCCUACAACAGAUAUGUCUUCAGAUAACCCUCAGAAAGAAAAAGUGUCCUUUGGAUCCAAUGAGGCUAUGAUGAUGAACUUCAAGACUGAUGAAAUGUGAUUACAUAAUUCCAUGUGAUUGUAUUAUUGCCUUGAUAUAAGACCAAUUUUAAGCAGCAUUGUGGUGUAUUAACCUUUUUUCUGAUGUUUAAAAAUAUUUUUAAAGUUUUGGAGUUUUGGGGUCCAGAAGAUGCCAAUUCACCUGUAUCUGUAUUCUCAUCAUUACUCAUGCCCUGGCAAUGGCCUUUAAUACCCAGAUUAAACCGAGGGAGCCAUCAAAUACAUGAUCACAAGCUUUUUGUUAAUUGCAGGAUAAAUAAUUAGUCUGUUAUCCUUUAAACGUGACCAUAAAUAACAUAUUUUCACCAGUCAGGUACAGAACUACUUGAGUCAUCCAUAAGCCUCUCAAAACAGAAGUAGUUUAUGUAUAUAAUGUUUUUCAAAAAUACAUUUUAUGGAUAUCUAGAUCUGUAUCUACUUCUAUUUAAAAAUGCAAAUUUGUAUCGCUCACUCUGUCCCUUUAAAUUUGGCCAGUGAAGAGCCAGAAAUAACUGUUUCAUGAGGAAACAUCAAUGAUUAUUCUUGGGACUUGUGACUUAUCGAGCAAAAUAAAUUUGCUCACCUCAAUCACCACACUUAUGGGUUCAGGGCUGUAGCAUCAACAAAAUGUUAUUUCUACUUUUUCAGUUUAUAUUUUUUGGCUUUUUUAUUUUUUUUAUAAAAAUAUGUACUUUAAACAAACUUGUAAAGUGGAAAUUCAAUAAAUAUGAUUGCUU